GACCUGGUGAGUUCUGGUUCUGGAGGAUUUCAGUCCAAAAUGGCUGAAAACACAGCUCUGUUUGAAAGUUUCCUGAGCUGCCAUGUUUGUUCAGAGACGUUCAGAGAUCCUGUGUCUCUGAGCUGCAACCACAGCUUCUGUUCAAGCUGCCUGCAGAAAUUCUGGGAACAAACUGGAAACAAGAACUGUCCCAUCUGUAAAAGAAGAUCUUCUAAGGAUGAUCUAGGAGUAAAUUUCUCUCUGAAGGAACUGGCUGAUUCUUUCACUGGAAGACAGAAAUCUGGAUCAUCAGAGACAGAAACAGGAGCAAAGCAGCUGAUGGUCUGCAGGAAACACCAAGAAGUUCCUAAACUGUUCUGUGAAGACGAGCAGAGAGCUGUGUGUCCUGUCUGUGAGUUUUCUCUCCACCAGAGUCACAAAGUGGUUCCUGUUGAACAAGCAGUCAGAGAUCUGAAGGAGCAGCUGGAAUCGGACUUAAAGUCUCUGCAGGACAAGAGGAACAAACACAAACAAGUGGAGAAAACAUACGAUGAUGUGGUUCAACACUCCAAGAAGCAGCUGCUGUCCACAGAGAGACAGAUCAGAGCAGAGUUCAACAAGCUCCACCAGUUCCUGAGAGAGGAAGAGGAGUCCAGACUGGCAGCUCUGAGGGAGGAAGAGGAGCAGAAGAGGAAGACUAUCAUGGGAGAGAUGAAGAGGAYUGAGGAGCAGAUCUCCUCUCUGUCAGACAGCAUCUCUGCUGUGGAAGAAGAGCUGCAGAAAGACAACGUGUCGUUCCUCAGCAGCUAUAAAGCCACUCAGAGCAGAGCCAGAGGUCAGAGGUCACUGCCAGAUCCACAGCUGGUCUCAGGAGCUCUGAUAGAUGUGGCCAAACACCUGGGCAACCUGUCCUUCAGAGUCUGGGAGAAGAUGAAGGACCAGGUGAAGUUCAGCCCCGUCAUUCUGGACCCAAACACAGCGAGUGGGUGGCUGUACCUGUCUGAUGAUCUGACCGGGGUGAGAUAUGGAGACACAUGGCAGCAACUUCCUGAUAAUCCAGAGAGAAACAUUUAUUAUGCCAAUGUUUUUGGUUCUGAGGGCUUCAGCUCAGGGAAACACAGCUGGGAGGUGGAGGUGGGAGAUCAUCCUGACUGGGAGAUUGGUUUGGUUAAAGAGUCUGUUGACAGGAAGGGAGAGAUAUCUUCUUCACCAGAAAAUGGAUUCUGGUGUUUAUGGCAUCGUGAUGGAGAAUACGCUACUGGUUCUGGUAAAACUCUGUCAGUGAAUCAGAGUCUCCAGAGGAUCAGAGUCCAGCUGGACUAUGACAGAGGGGAGGUUUCCUUCUACGACUCUGAAGACAAGAGUCACAUCUACACUCACAGAGACACUUUCACUGAGAAACUAUUCGCUUAUUUUUUUGUUUAUGAAGCUGCUGAUGCCAAAACAUCUGAGAUCAAAAUCCUCCAAGCUAAUAUUUCUGUUUAA